AUGUCAAAAAAUCUUAUCGCUUACGACAAAAAUUUACAUAUAAUUUCAGCGAAGAAACAUGUUGUUUGUUAUUUGGCUAGUUGGGCAGUUUAUAGAACAGAUAAAGGAAAACAUAAAAUAUCCAAUAUAAAACCAAAAUUAUGCACCCACUUUAUUUAUUCAUUUACUGGUUUAAGUUAUGAUGGAAAAAUUGAAACUUUGGAUCCAGAUUAUGAUGUAAAAGCUUUCAAAAAUUUCAUAACAUUAAGAGAGAAAAAUCCUUGUGCCAAAUUUUUAAUAGCAAUUGGAGGAUGGAAUCAAGGUUCCGCAAAAUUUUCCUAUAUGUCUGAAACACCAGAACGUCGUGAAAUUUUUGUUGAUAGUGUUAUGAGAUUUUUAAUUCAUUAUGAUUUUGAUGGUUUAGAUUUGGAUUGGGAAUAUCCAGCGCAACGUGGCGGUAUUAAUGAAGAUAAAAAAAAUUUAAAUGAACUUUUAAAACUAUUAAAAAAUAAAUUUGCAUCAAGAAAAAAAAUUUUAACAAUUGCAAUACCAUCAAGUACAUAUUCAUUAAAACAAGGCUAUGAUAUAGAAAACAUGUGUAAAAAUGUUGAUUUUGUAUCAGUUAUGGCAUAUGAUAUGAAUGUACCAAAUGAAGCAAGUGUACAUGCACCAUUAAAAUUAGAAAAAAAUGAAAAGAAAAGAGAAACUAUUGAUGAUGUUAUAAAAUUUAUGAUAAAAGAAAAAUGUCCAGCAAAUAAAAUUAUUUUAGGUAUAACAAGUGUUGCAAAAACUUUUACAUUAAAAAAAUCAAAUUCUAAUGAUAUUGGUGCACCAAUAACUGCUUUAGGUACACCUAGUAAUUAUUUAAAAGCAGAAGGUAGUUUGGGUUUUAAUGAAAUGUGUACAAAAUUUGAAGAUGAUGAUGGUUGGACCCAUAAACAUAUGAAAAAUAAUGCUGUUAAAAUUUCAUAUAAAGAUCAUUUUUGGGCUGUUUAUGAUGAUGAAACAACUGUUGAACAAAGAGGGCAAUAUGUUUUAGAUAAUAAACUUGCUGGUUUAAUGUUUUGGAGUAUUGAUACAGAUGAUUUUUAUCCAGAAUGUCAUAAAGCUAAAUAUCCAUUGUUAGUGGCUGCAAAUAAAGUUUUUAAAAAUUAA